AUGUCAGACUGUGCGCUGGUUGCCAGUGUAAGCGAACACGAUGCCAGUAUGGAUGUGGGAAACGACAAAUCCCUAUUCGAACCUACUAUUGAUAUGAUGGUAAAUGAUUUCGACGACGAGCGAACAUUAGACGAAGAAGAAGCUUUGGCGGCAGAGCAACUGCCAGAGGUGGUGCCAGAGGAAAAUGAAAAGACAGAGUCAGCUUUGCAGCAGUUGUAUAAUAAUGAAAAUGCGAGCCCUGAAGCCACACGGUGCCUAAGGUCUGGUUCGCGACCCCCAUCUGAAGAAGAAGAUGAUUAUGAUUACAGUCCAGAUGAAGAUGACUGGAAGAAAACUAUAAUGGUAGGUAGUGAUUAUCAAGCUGGCAUUCCAGAGGGACUAUGUAGUUAUGAUGAUGCUUUACCAUAUGAAAAUGAAGACAAAUUGUUGUGGAACCCUAGUGUUCUUGAAGAAGAUGUAAUUGAGGACUAUAUGAGAAAAAUUUGUGCUAUGAAUUCUGGAUCUGGUAUUGAUGCUGUACCUCGAGGGAAACAACUGCGUGAUGAUGAGGAGGCUUUGUUUUUAUUGCAGCAAUGUGGCCACAACAUAGAAGAAGCUUUGAGGAGACGAAGGAUUUCAGCACAAACUCCUGCACAUGCUAGUGUAUGGUCUGAAGAGGAAUGUCGAAACUUUGAAAAUGGAAUCAAAGUUCAUGGUAAGGACUUUCAUCUUAUACGUCAACAAAAAGUCCGAACUAGAUCUGUGGGAGAGCUGGUCCAGUUCUACUAUAUAUGGAAAAAAACAGAAAGACAUGAUAUAUUUGCAAACAAAACAAGAUUAGAAAAGAAAAAAUACACAUUGCAUCCAGGUCAUACUGAUUACAUGGAUAGAUUUUUAGAGGAACAAGAAGCAACAGGUCCAAGUGUGGUCAGGCCAGUAUCCCCAGCUCCAAUGAUGUUGUAUGUACCUUCACCAGCUACACAACCUGAUCCUUUAGCUCUUGGGGAGAAGGAAGUGUUUUCUCAACUUAAUACUCACACUACGCCUCCAAGAAACCUUUCCACUGAGGAAAUGGAACCAGAUACAAUUUCC